AUGAGCAUAUAUUUCAUGUCUACAUGGCAGUACCUUAGUGAGGUGGAUCACACAGCUAGCAUGGACUUUUUCGGGUGGAUUGUCGCAGCUGGCAGUUUGGGCUGCGCAAUAGCAAAUCCUCUUUUCGGGCAUUGGAGUCAGUUAACAGGAUCUACGAAAACCCCCGUUUGUUUUGGAUUUAGCGUGAGCGCUAUAGGAAAUCUUAUUUAUGCCUUGCUUCCCAUUCUACCAUCAUAUAUAAAAUGGGCAAUGCUGAUUUCACGUUUUGGUACGGGCUUUGGUGCAGGAACUCUUGGAGUCUUGAGAAGUUUCGUUGCUACAGCGAGUACACGAAAAAAUCGAGUUCGUGCAGUAUCCUUAGGCACUGCCGGAUUCACGACUGGACUAUCUGUCGGCCCCGCAUUUCAGAUUUGCUUUAUCCCACUGGGCAGCACAGGAUUCAGUAUUGGACCACUUAUCUUUAAUAUGUACACAUCAGCAGCUUACUUCAUGUUCAUCGUCAGUAUUCUUUCCGUUUUUCUGGUUCAGAUAUAUUUUGUAGAGGACUACGCAGGAAUCAUAAGCGACGAAGAAAAGAAACAAGAUCCUUUCCUUGUGAUACCGAAGUUUGAUAGACUUGCUGUAAUCUAUCUAUUCUAUGUUUGGUGGAUGCUGUGUGGUGUUGCAAGCACGGAAGGACUUGCGUCCCCCAUAACCAUUGCCAUGUAUAACUGGACCUAUAAAGAAGCGAUUUUGUACAACGGAAUCCUGCAAGUCAUUGCUUGUGGAACUUCGACAGCAACGUAUGCGUUGAUAGCCUCCACGAGAAUUGGAACCUGGGACCGUCGUCUCGUUCUGGCAAUGGGUUUAUCGGGAUUCUUCUUUACACAUCUCUGCCAUUAUCCCAUGCCAUUCUACGAAGGACCACUUUCACGACCGAAGAUGGUCAAUGGUACUGUUGCCAGUGAUGCAGGCGGUUGCUCCUACGAAUAUGACUGGUGUGAACACACACCCAGAGUUCCAAUUUGGUUGUACCUGUUCAACUUUGGAAUAGUACAAGGAGUGUCUUUUCCUUUCAUUUCUGCUCCCGCCAACACUCUUUUGUCAGAAAUUGUUGGACCCAGGAAACAGGGUACCAUACAAGGAUUCUUUGCUUUUACUGGUAGCAUGGCACAAUUUGUGGUCCCUCUGUUUUCUACGACUCUGUUUGCGGAUUCCGGUUAUAAGUACAUUAUGGUGUAUCAUCUGUUUAUCAUUCUAUUCGCUGCAGUUAUGGCUUUCAUCCUACGAAGAAGACUGGUCCCUCUUGAGCUAACACCGGCGGUUGGCAUCGCCACAAAAUUCAAACGUGGAACAUUCUACAGAAUGUAGUGCUCCAUAUUGUUGACUAUUUCCUACAUGGAACAGACACCCUAGCGGGCAACUUCAAUCUUUUUAUAUAUAGGUGCGCUUCCUCGUUCUCAUCGUCUGCUGUCAUCUUGAGUCCUAGGACACAACUGCAUCUACUUGUUGCAUGCUAUGAUUGGUUUGUACUAUCUAACACUAUGUC